GAGGAGAGGAAAUUAACCCCAUUCUGCAUUAGACUCUUGAGGCACAAGGUAUCUCCUUUUAAUCUGAUAAGGUGGUAUUUGACUUUUAGAUCAUCAUGAGAGCAGCUUUUCUCUUCCUUCUCCUACUGUCAGGGACAAAUCUCUUACUGAGCACACCAAUUGAUGGGAAUAAUUCUGAAAAACCCAGGCUGCUGGAUGACAUUGCCAUACCUGAUACUUUGUUCAGAAAUGCGGACCCAUGUACUGCCAUAGGCUGCAAGUGGCCCAAAUCUGGGUUCUUAGUGAAUGUGCCUUAUGAGAUAUCUUCUAACUAUACUCAGCGUGAGCGUAGGACGAUCCUUAAAGGUCUAAAGAGCUUCCAUAGGAGAACUUGCAUUCGCUUUGUCCCAAGAAGACCAGAUGAUCAAGAUUACAUCCAAUUUUUUUCAGAGGAGGGAUGCUGGUCCUAUGUCGGGCGUCAGGGUGGAGAACAGAAUAUCUCCCUACAAAGUGAUAGUUGCUUGGAUCUUGCCACAAUACAACAUGAGGUGCUUCAUGCUCUGGGUUUCAACCAUGAACAGGUUCGUUCUGACAGAGACAAAUACGUUCGGAUUCACUUCGAGAACAUUGACGAAGAAGAGGAGCACAACUUCGAUAAGGAGGAAACUAACAACUUGGGGACUCCAUAUGACUUCAACUCUGUCAUGGAAUACUCAAAUGAUGCCUUCUCCAAAAAUGGCAAACCAACCAUUGUUGCCAAAUGUAACCCAAAGAUGAAGUUUGGACAUGCCAAAAAAAUGAGCUUUAAUGACAUUGCGCGUGUCAACAAGCUUUAUAAGUGCAAGUGUAAGUAG